AUGUCCAGGAACUGCUCCAAGGCAAUUCGAUCUUCCCUUCACUUCAGCGACAAUGACCAGGCAGCUGCAUCCCAAGAUCGGUUCUUCAAGGUGAGAGUCCCCUUCACCAAGGUCACCAGAGAGUUCCUGAAAGUUCCUGAGACUCCUAUCCACUCCAUUGAUGAAGUGAUGGUCGCCUUUAAGGGCACAAGGGCUGGUAACCUUCGCCAGUAUGUCGCAAACAAGCCUGACAAGUGGGGCUUCAAGUUAUUCUGCCGCUCCAGUGUGGAUGGGUUUGUGCAUGAUAUUCUCAUGUACCAAGGGGAGACAACCUUUGUGAGCCACCAUACUAUGCUAUCUGAAGAGGAGAAAGCCAUAGUGUCUGUAACUUCCAAGUUUGUUGUCGCCAUAGUGAAUACCAUCAAGGACCCCAGAAACUCAGCAGUGUAUGCAGACAACUACUUCACAAGUAUAGGGUUGGCCAAGUACCUGAGAUCACAGUAUGGAUGCCGGUAUGUGGGCACUGCCAGGGAAAACCGAGUUGGUCAUCCUCCCCUGACGUCUGUGAAGGAGAUGAACAAGAAAGCGACACAAAGGGGGAGACUGGACUAUGUCUCUUCUGAUGGCACCCUUGUUGCAAGAUGGAAGGACAACAGCGUUGUGACAAUCUUGUCCUCUGAUGUUGGUGUGGAGCCCAUGGGAACAGUGGAGCGGUACGACAGGGCAGCCAAGAAGAAGGUUCCCAUUCCUUGCCCAUCUGUCAUCCAGAUGUACAACAACCGCAUGGGGGCCAUUGACACGAGUGACAUGUUGACACACCUGUACAGGACCCCCUUCAAGCAAAGAGGUACUACAUGA